AUGGUGAUUGUGACAGUGGUGGUGGUGAUGGUAAAAGUGGUGGUGGGAAAGGUGACGGUGAUGGUGGUGAUAGUGGUGGUAGUGAUGGUGGAUGGUGACUGUGGUAGUUGUGAUGGUGAUGAUGACAAUGGUGGUAGUGAUGGUGACAGUGGUAGUUGUGAUGCUGAUGGUGACAGUGGUAGUUGUGAUGCUGACAGUGAUGGUGGUGGUGGUGGUGAUAGUGUUGGUGGUGAUGAUGACAGUGAUGGUGGUGAUGGUGACAGUGGUAGUUGUGAUGCUGACAGUGAUGGUGGUGGUGGUGGUGAUAGUGUUGGUGGUGAUGAUGACAGUGACGGUGGUGAUGGUGACAGUGGUGGUAGUGAUGGUGACAGUGAUGGUGGAGACAGUAGCAGUGAUGGUGAUGACAGGGGGCUGUGGUGGAGUUGUUGA